CACUCCGUCAUAUACUGACCUAGACUCUUCAUCAUCAUCAUCCUCAUCGCGAACAAUAGAGGACCGCGGAGGGCCUGCGCUGCUCUCUCAAGAUUAUCGCAGAAAUAUAGCGAUGAUCGACAGCGUCGAACGGACACCACACGACUGAAGAACGGAUUACACAGCGUCGCUUAUAUCUGAACAGUUUGGUGAAAGAUGGCGAACGACUCGCCCGCUAAGAGCCUGGUGGACAUAGACCUCGCCUCUCUGCGCGACCCUGCUGGCAUUUUUGAGCUGGUGGAAGUGGUCGGCAAUGGCACCUAUGGACAAGUAUACAAGGGUCGACAUGUCAAAACUGGACAGCUGGCGGCCAUCAAAGUCAUGGACGUGACUGAAGAUGAAGAAGAGGAGAUUAAGCUGGAGAUUAACAUGCUGAAGAAAUACUCUCAUCACAGAAACAUUGCCACGUAUUACGGCGCGUUCAUUAAGAAGAGUCCUCCAGGACACGACGACCAGCUGUGGCUAGUGAUGGAGUUUUGUGGAGCCGGCUCGAUAACAGACCUUGUGAAAAACACGAAAGGAAACACACUGAAAGAAGACUGGAUCGCGUACAUCUCGAGAGAAAUUCUCAGGGGGUUGGCCCACCUGCACGCUCAUCACGUCAUCCACAGAGACAUCAAGGGCCAGAAUGUGCUGCUGACUGAGAACGCAGAGGUCAAACUAGUGGAUUUUGGCGUCAGCGCUCAGCUGGAUCGAACCGUCGGCCGCAGAAACACCUUCAUUGGAACGCCGUACUGGAUGGCUCCGGAGGUCAUCGCCUGUGACGAAAACCCGGACGCUACUUACGACUACAGGAGCGAUCUGUGGUCCUGUGGGAUCACGGCUAUAGAGAUGGCGGAGGGCGCUCCCCCGUUGUGUGAUAUGCAUCCCAUGCGCGCGCUCUUUCUCAUACCCAGAAAUCCUCCACCCAGACUCAAGUCCAAGAAAUGGUCCAAGAAGUUCUUCAGCUUCAUCGAGGGCUGUCUGGUGAAGAACUACACGCAGCGGCCGCCCACCGACCAACUCCUGAAGCAUCCCUUCAUCAGGGACCAGCCCAACGAGAGGCAGGUGCGGAUCCAGCUCAAAGACCACCUGGACCGCUGCCGCAAGAAGCGCGGAGAGAAAGAUGAGACCGAGUACGAGUACAGCGGCAGUGAGGAAGAGGAGGAAGAAGCUCAGGAGCAGGAGGGAGAGCCCAGCUCUAUCGUGAAUGUCCCGGGCGAGUCGACUCUGCGCCGGGACUUCAUCCGUCUACAGCAGGAGAAUAAGGAGCGCUCGGAGGCGAUGAGACGACAGCAGCUCCUCCAGGAACAGCAGAUGCGCGAGCAGGAGGAAUACAAGCGCCAACUACUGGCAGAACGACAGAAGCGCAUCGAGCAGCAGAAAGAGCAGAGGCGGCGGCUGGAGGAGCAACAAAGACGAGAGCGAGAGAUGAGGAGACAACAAGAGCGAGAGCAGAGGAGGAGAGAGCAGGAGGAGAAGAGACGUGUGGAGGAGAUGGAGAGGAGACGCAAAGAAGAGGAGGAGCGCAGGAGGGCAGAAGAGGAGAAGAGGAGGGCCGACCGCGAGCAGGAGUACAUCCGCCGGCAGCUGGAGGAAGAGCAAAGGCACCUGGAGAUCCUGCAGCAGCAGCUGUUACAUGAGCAGGCCAUGCUACUGGCGGAUGAGCGGCACAGGAGGAAUGUUCAGGGUUCUCCUCAGGCUGUGGUGAUGCCGAAGCAGCCACCCGCUGUGCCGAAGCAGCCACCCGCUGUGCCGAAGCAGCCACCCGCUGUACCGCCGCGAUCAGAAGCCUUUUCCAACGGCAGUGUGUCCGAACCGAGCCAUCGGCCCGCUGACCCACAGGAUCUGACGGCUCUGGCGAAGGAACUGCGUGCGGUGGAGGACGUGCGGCCUCAACACAAAGCCACGGAUUACUCUUCCUCCAGCGACGACUCUGGCACCACUGAUGACGAAGAUGAUGAGGAGGUGGACCAGGACAUCGGGGACGAGUCGACGUCUGGCCCGGAGGACUCGCGGGGAGGAGGCUCGUCUAGACUCAGUAAUGGUGAAGCAGAAGCAGCGAAGACGAUGGUCUUGCAGGACGAUGAUGCCUCCUCUACGCCAUGCAAAGACAGCACACUCGUCAUGAGACAGUUCCAGAGAUCAGGGCCUGUGACACUGCUGGGUUCAGGUUGGAAAGAGGCUUGUUGUCCCAGUCCUGUAGAGAUUGUGCAGAGGAACUGCUUUAGGGGGGCAAACCCUCUCCUGCCCGACCUGCUCCAGCAGAGUCAGCGCUCGCCCCCUGGCUCCGCCUCCUCGUCCCCUGGCUCCGCCUCCUCUCCCAACAGCCCCGCCCUGUCCCCCAUCAGUCCCUCGGACAGACUCCUGUGCCUGACAGAGACUCCCACUGUGCCGAAGCACAAGUCUUCCUCGUCGUUCACUCCCUUCAUCGACCCGCGCCUCCUCCAGGUGUCUCCGUCCACCGGCAGCGCGCUCAAUAACGCUGGUUACAGUAAUGAUGCUCGACUGCAGGAGGCUCUGCGUCAGGACGCGUCCCGUAAGGGUUCGGUGGUCAACGUCAAUCCUGUCAACACUCGGCCACAGAACGACACGCCAGAGAUACGCAAAUACAAGAAGAGGUUCAACUCUGAGAUCUUGUGCGCUGCUCUGUGGGGUGUUAAUCUGUUAGUCGGGACAGAGAGCGGACUCAUGCUACUGGAUCGCAGUGGUCAAGGGAAAGUCUACCCGCUUAUUAGUCGUAGACGCUUUCAACAAAUGGAUGUUUUGGAGGGACUUAAUGUACUAGUGACAAUAUCAGGGAAGAAGAAUAAACUGCGUGUGUACUAUCUUUCGUGGCUGAGGAACAAGAUCCUCCACAAUGACCCUGAGGUGGAGAAGAAGCAGGGCUGGACCACCGUAGGAGACCUGGAGGGCUGUGUGCACUACAAAGUCGUGAAGUACGAGAGGAUCAAGUUCUUGGUUCUGGCCCUGAAGAAUUCAGUAGAGGUGUAUGCGUGGGCUCCCAAACCAUACCAUAAAUUCAUGGCUUUCAAGUCUUUUGGUGAUCUGGUGCACAAGCCACUGCUAGUUGACCUCACAGUUGAAGAAGGCCAAAGGUUAAAGGUCAUCUAUGGGUCCUGCUCUGGGUUUCAUGCCGUGGAUGUCGACUCAGGAGCCGUCUAUGACAUUUAUCUGCCCACUCACAUUCAGAUGAAUAUUCAGUCGCACGCCAUCAUCAUCCUGCCGAACACGGAUGGCAUUGAGCUGCUGGUGUGUUAUGAAGACGAGGGUGUGUAUGUCAACACCUACGGCCGCAUCACUAAAGACGUGGUGCUCCAGUGGGGCGAGAUGCCCACAUCUGUUGCUUAUAUUCGCUCUAACCAGAUCAUGGGCUGGGGAGAGAAGGCUAUAGAGAUCCGCUCUGUAGAAACAGGCCACUUGGAUGGAGUUUUCAUGCACAAAAGAGCACAAAGACUCAAGUUUCUGUGUGAAAGAAAUGACAAGGUGUUCUUCGCAUCUGUGCGUUCGGGAGGCUCGAGCCAGGUCUACUUCAUGACUCUGGGUCGGACCUCUCUCCUCAGCUGGUAAUCGCAGCGAUGACCCGGAUCGACCACUGACGUUUCUCCAGGAUCGGCCAGGCCAGGCCACACACACGCCAGAGCCUGCUGAAGGACUGACACACACACAUCUGCGUCCCUUUGCAGCGUGCUGCAUGAGGAACUGGCUCGAGUAUUCUACAGUAUUAUUGCUAGUCUGUGUAAAUGUCUUUCUCUAGAGUUUAAUAAAAUCUGACUCGGCUGAGAGGAACGGUGAAAUUCUGCUAAUGUGUCUCUCAGUCACACAUAGUGUCAUAACAAUGGUGAAACACAAAAUGGCUUUUUGUCCUGUAUUUUUAUUUAUGGGUUAUUUAUUUCUAGUUUUGUUUUAUUCAUUUGUUUUUACUAAGCCGAGUAGUUGCAGUAAUGUGGACGGUGCCUGAGAGUCUCAACAUUUGCUGAUAGAAUUCCAGUGUUCCCAAGCAGAGCUUUAUGGACCAUCUUCUGAAUCCGCUAGUGGUCACGUGAUGUCAACAGGAAGCGGACAGCUGUGUUAGCCUCGGGUUUGCUUUCGGCACAUCAAAAACGGGGAUUUGGAUAGAUGUCACUUUAACGUGGACUGUGCUGUGCCACAUCUUUUCUUGUCUUCUCUCGUUUCCCUCUUCCCUCACAUGUCCGAUGACAGUGGCCUCAUUCCUACAUUGAAAUGACCAAUGAAAGAGGUUUAAUCCGUAUCUGUUGAACCAGUAUCUCCACUGGCCCUGAGAAGAGCGCGUCAACACCUUGUGUCCUAUCCUUCUGUUUUGAAGAGCGUAUGAGACCGCGAGUGAAAGCUAGUUCUGGCGUUUUAUGCACUGGACUUGGAACCGAACGGUCCACUCAUCCAGACCAGAAACCCUAGUUAUAAAACUGACAUUUAAUUCAUUUUGUAUGAUUGUUUAUGAUGCCCUUUGUUCCAAGAUAUGCGUUUUUCAUCAGGCAGCGACAAUGUUGAUCUGAGAAUACAAACCGAGUUUAGACAUCCCGUAAUAACUUAAUCUCUGUUAUGGAAACAUUACCUUCAAUUUGAUGAGAAAGACUGUCUUGGUCAUGGACUAUUAUUAUUAUUAUUAUUAUUAUCAUUUGUAACUGAA